AUGUACUGGUCGAUGACAAGUGAGAGAGGAACAAACAAGCUGAUAAUGAAGCAAACAAAGCAAGCUUCUCUUCUUCUAAGUUUGCUUCUUAUACUUCUUCUAUGUCUAUCCUUUCAGGUUUGCGUUACCGAGGCUGGAUCCCGUCGCUUAGGUGAGGAAAGGACAAACGUAAACCCCUCCUUGGCAUGUCGGGGUUCUCCUAGGGCAAGUCAAGUUGCAUCACAACUAAGCGAGUACUGUAAAACAAUUCGAAGAGGAAGACCUCCUCCUCGUGCAAAUUAG